AUGUCGAAUUCGAAGGUGGUUUAUGAAGGAUGGAUGGUAAGAUAUGGGAGGAGGAAGAUUGGGAGAUCAUUUAUUCACAUGCGAUAUUUUGUGCUUGAAACUCGAUUACUGGCCUAUUACAAGAAGAAGCCUCAAGACAAUGUGGUACCGAUCAAGACGUUUCUUAUCGAUGGCAAUUGUAGGGUGGAGGACCGUGGACUGAAAACUCAUCAUGGACAUAUGGUUUAUGUUUUGUCCGUUUACAACAAAAAAGAGAAGUACCAUCGAAUUACGAUGGCAGCUUUCAACAUUCAGGAGGCACUCAUUUGGAAAGAAAAAAUUGAAUCUGCCAUCGAUCAGCACCAAGAGUCACAAGCUGCUAAUGGUAACAAAUUCCAUUCAUUUGAAUAUAAAUCUGGAAUGGAUAAUGGAAGGAAUGGUUCAUCGUCAGAUAAUGAAAGUCAGUUUAGUGCUGCAGAAGAUGAAGAUGAUUCUAAUUCAAAUUUGUUGCGCAGAACAACAAUUGGAAAUGGCCCCCCUGAGUCUGUUUUUGACUGGACUAAGGAAUUGGAUUCAGAGUUGGUAAAUCAGAACUCUAACAAUCAAGCAUUUGCGAGAAAGUAUUGGCGCCUUCUUCAGUGUCAAAAUGGACUUAGGAUUUUUGAGGAGCUCCUUGAAGCAGAUUUUCUUCCAAAGAGCUGUAGUAGAGCAAUGAAAGCUGUUGGAGUCGUGGAGGCUACCUGUGAAGAAAUAUUUGAGCUAGUAAUGAGCAUGGAUGCAACACGAUUUGAGUGGGAUUGCAGUUUUCAGCAUGGUAGCUUAGUUGAGGAAGUUGAUGGACAUACAGCAAUACUAUAUCACAGGCUUCAAUUAGACUGGUUCCCCAUGGUUGUUUGGCCCCGUGAUCUCUGCUAUGUGCGCUAUUGGCGUCGAAAUGAUGAUGGGAGUUAUGUCGUGUUAUUCCGUUCUAGGCAGCAUGAGAAUUGCGGUCCACAACCGGGAUUUGUACGAGCUCAUAUUGAGAGUGGAGGGUAUAAUAUUUCGCCUCUAAAACCACGUAACGGGAAACCGAGAACACGGGUUCAGCAUCUUAUGCAGAUUGAUCUGAAAGGGUGGGGAGUGGGUUAUAUUUCAACAUUUCAGCAUCACUGUCUACUUCAAAUGCUAAAUAGCGUUGCUGGAUUACGUGAAUACUUCUCCCAAACUGAUGAAAGGACUACUGCUCCUAGAAUUCCUGUUAUGGUUAAUAUGACAUCAGUUUCCGGUUCUUCAAAGAGGAGUCACAAACUCAACUCGUCUUCUGUUCAUCGCAGUCCUUCUCUAGAUCAAAUACAAGCUGCCAAUAAAAAUGCUGUAUUGAUGGAUGAAUACUCUGAUGAAGAUGAAGAUUUUCAAUUUGCUGAUCAAGGGGCAUUGCCAUCCACUGUAGAAGUUGAAGGCAAGAGAGCUGCCUACGAAGAACCUAAAGACCAAAUUGACUUGUCCAUUUUCUCGGGCAACCUUCGCCGUGAUGACAAUGAUAAGGGCCGUGACUGCUGGACAUUAUCUGAUGGAAACAACUUCAGAGUUCGUAGUAAGAGCUUUUGCUAUGACAAGUCCAAGAUUCCUGCAGGUAAACAUCUUAUGGAUCUUGUUGCAGUAGACUGGCUCAAAGAUACAAAGCGAAUGGACCACGUUGCCCGACGACAUGGUUGUGCAGCACAAGUUGCAUCUAAUAAAGGACUUUUCACAAUUGUUUUUAAUGUGCAAGUACCUGGAUCAACACACUACAGCAUGGUUUUCUAUUUCGUGACAAAGGAACUAAUAUCUGGAUCUCUUUUACAACGGUUUGUUGAUGGGGACGAUGAGUUCCGCAAUAGUAGACUGAAGCUUAUUCCAUCAGUGCCCAAGGGCUCUUGGAUUGUACGUCAGAGUGUUGGAAGCACACCAUGUUUACUGGGAAAAGCAGUCGAUUGCAACUAUAUCCGUUGUCCCAAAUAUUUGGAAAUUGACGUUGAUAUUGGUUCUUCAACCGUGGCAAAUGGAGUCUUGGGGCUCGUCAUUGGCGUAAUUACAACUCUUGUUGUAGACAUGGCAUUUCUUGUACAGGCUUGCACUACUGAUGAGUUGCCAGAGAGGCUUAUUGGUGCCGUCCGAGUUUCUCAUUUAGAACUAUCAUCUGCUGUUGUCCCCAUACUUGAAUCAGAAUCAGCAGAGCCUAGCAAAUCAUAA